AUGGGCUUGGUCCUGACGUCUGAAGAAAAUGGACCUCCUAGAAUCAGUGUCGCACCAGGAGGGGGGACUCCCCUCAGGACUCCCCUCAAGACUCCCCUCAAGACUCCCCUCAAGACUCCCCUCAAGACUCCCCUCAAGACUCCCCUCAAGACUCCCCUCAAGACUCCCCUCAAGACUCCCCUCAAGACUCCCCUCAAGACUCCCCUCAAGACUCCCCUCAAGACUCCCCUCAAGACUCCCCUCAAGACUCCCCUCAAGACUCCCCUCAAGACUCCCCUCAAGACUCCCCUCAAGACUCCCCUCAAGACUCCCCUCAAGACUCCCCUCAAGACUCCCCUCAAGACUCCCCUCAAGACUCCCCUCAAGACUCCCCUCAAGACUCCCCUCAAGACUCCCCUCAAGACUCCCCUCAAGACUCCCCUCAAGACUCCCCUCAAGACUCCCCUCAAGACUCCCCUCAAGACUCCCCUCAAGACUCCCCUCAAGACUCCCCUCAAGACUCCCCUCAAGACUCCCCUCAAGACUCCCCUCAAGACUCCCCUCAAGACUCCCCUCAAGACUCCCCUCAAGACUCCCCUCAAGACUCCCCUCAAGACUCCCCUCAAGACUCCCCUCAAGACUCCCCUCAAGACUCCCCUCAAGACUCCCCUCAAGACUCCCCUCAAGACUCCCCUCAAGACUCCCCUCAAGACUCCCCUCAAGACUCCCCUCAAGACUCCCCUCAAGACUCCCCUCAAGACUCCCCUCAAGACUCCCCUCAAGACUCCCCUCAAGACUCCCCUCAAGACUCCCCUCAAGACUCCCCUCAAGACUCCCCUCAAGACUCCCCUCAAGACUCCCCUCAAGACUCCCCUCAAGACUCCCCUCAAGACUCCCCUCAAGACUCCCCUCAAGACUCCCCUCAAGACUCCCCUCAAGACUCCCCUCAAGACUCCCCUCAAGACUCCCCUCAAGACUCCCCUCAAGACUCCCCUCAAGACUCCCCUCAAGACUCCCCUCAAGACUCCCCUCAAGACUCCCCUCAAGACUCCCCUCAAGACUCCCCUCAAGACUCCCCUCAAGACUCCCCUCAAGACUCCCCUCAAGACUCCCCUCAAGACUCCCCUCAAGACUCCCCUCAAGACUCCCCUCAAGACUCCCCUCAAGACUCCCCUCAAGACUCCCCUCAAGACUCCCCUCAAGACUCCCCUCAAGACUCCCCUCAAGACUCCCCUCAAGACUCCCCUCAAGACUCCCCUCAAGACUCCCCUCAAGACUCCCCUCAAGACUCCCCUCAAGACUCCCCUCAAGACUCCCCUCAAGACUCCCCUCAAGACUCCCCUCAAGACUCCCCUCAAGACUCCCCUCAAGACUCCCCUCAAGACUCCCCUCAAGACUCCCCUCAAGACUCCCCUCAAGACUCCCCUCAAGACUCCCCUCAAGACUCCCCUCAAGACUCCCCUCAAGACUCCCCUCAAGACUCCCCUCAAGACUCCCCUCAAGACUCCCCUCAAGACUCCCCUCAAGACUCCCCUCAAGACUCCCCUCAAGACUCCCCUCAAGACUCCCCUCAAGACUCCCCUCAAGACUCCCCUCAAGACUCCCCUCAAGACUCCCCUCAAGACUCCCCUCAAGACUCCCCUCAAGACUCCCCUCAAGACUCCCCUCAAGACUCCCCUCAAGACUCCCCUCAAGACUCCCCUCAAGACUCCCCUCAAGACUCCCCUCAAGACUCCCCUCAAGACUCCCCUCAAGACUCCCCUCAAGACUCCCCUCAAGACUCCCCUCAAGACUCCCCUCAAGACUCCCCUCAAGACUCCCCUCAAGACUCCCCUCAAGACUCCCCUCAAGACUCCCCUCAAGACUCCCCUCAAGACUCCCCUCAAGACUCCCCUCAAGACUCCCCUCAAGACUCCCCUCAAGACUCCCCUCAAGACUCCCCUCAAGACUCCCCUCAAGACUCCCCUCAAGACUCCCCUCAAGACUCCCCUCAAGACUCCCCUCAAGACUCCCCUCAAGACUCCCCUCAAGACUCCCCUCAAGACUCCCCUCAAGACUCCCCUCAAGACUCCCCUCAAGACUCCCCUCAAGACUCCCCUCAAGACUCCCCUCAGGACUCCCCUCAGGACUCCCCUCAGGACUCCCCUCAGGACUCCCCUCAUGGAGUCAUCUGCACACAACCUCUUCCGCGACAUCGACGGCGUCAUCCAGAAUAUCAAGAAGAAGCUCGACACGAUGCAGCAAAUCCCUCAGUUCACAGUGCCACAGAUUCCUACAUCAAAUACCGACUUCGUCCACGACAUUAUGUUUCCAACUGCACCGUGUGUACCGGCAGUUCCUGGAUAUUGCCUCACACAACCAGCCCGCAGGACACGCUAA